AUGGGUUCGAGUUUACAAGAAGACGACAUUGAAGAGUUGGAGGUUGUCGAGAAAGAUCCAACAGGACGUUAUGUAAGGUACGAGGAAGUCCUAGGAGAAGGGGCGUUUAAAACAGUUUACAAAGGUUUUGAUGAAGUUAAUGGUUUAGAGAUUGCUUGGAGUAAAGUUGAGUUAACAGAGAAGAUUUUUAAGUCACAAAAACAUCUUCAGAAUGUAUGUUCAGAAGCCAAUCUUUUGAAGUCUUUAAAGCAUGAAAACAUCAUGAGAUGUUUUUAUUCUUGGAUUGAUAAUGAGAAGAAGACAGUUAACAUGAUUACUGAGUUGUUCACUUCAGGAGAUAUGAGUCAAUAUCGCAAGAAACAUAAUGGUGUUGAUACAAAGGCAAUCAAGAAUUGGGCUAGACAGAUUUUAAAAGGAUUAGAUUAUCUUCACUGUCAUAAUCCUCCGAUUAUUCAUAGAGAUCUUAAGUGUGAUAACAUCUUUAUUAAUGGAAAUUCGGGUAAGGUGAAAAUUGGUGAUCUUGGACUUGCAGCAAUGCUUCAACAAGGUACUCCUGCUACUCGUGGUGCUGGUGGUACGCCAGAGUUUAUGGCACCGGAGCUUUUUGAUGAUGAGUAUGAUCAACUCGUUGAUAUCUAUUCUUUCGGGAUGUGUUUACUUCAGAUGGUUACACGGGAAUUACCAUAUAGUGAGUGUACUAGUUCUUGUCAGAUUUAUAAGAAGAUUAUUUCUGGAGUAAAGCCUGCUGCUCUUGGCAAAGUGACUGAUUUACAGGUGAAACAGUUCAUUGAGAAGUGUUUGGGUCCUGCGUCUGAGAGACCGUCUGCAAUUGAUCUUCUGAAUGAUCCGUUCCUUGCAUCGAGUGAUAGUGGAUCAUCCAUAGCAUCUAGUAAAACUCUGAGCAUGACAUCUGAAUCUGUCUGUUCAUCAUCUGUCUGUUCAUCAUCUGGUAAACCUGAGGUGGCUAGUUCAUUACCUAGUUUAUCAGCUGCUGCUCCUGUUGAGAUAGCGAAAGCAGUUGUCAGUAAGGAUAAGUUCUUGAAGUUAGAUGGGAAGGUGUUAAAGGAGAAGGAUUCAAUAUCAAUGACAUUAUGGACUGUUGAUGUUAGAGGUCAUAGAGAAAAGAUUGAGUUCGUUUUCUUUAUCGAAACUGAUACAUGUGAAUCUGUUAUGGAAGAGAUGGUGAAGGAGCUCGAGUUAUCAGUUGAAGAUGCAGCACUGAUAACUGAAAUUAUGGAAGGAAUGGUUACAGAAAUUGUGAAUGGUUACUGUAAGCUUGAAAAAUCAUCCAAACCUCCCAGUGUUGAUUCUCAAGUACUUGCACAGAGUAAAUCUGGUGCAGACCACGAUUUAGUGCUGCAGGUUCACCCUGAUUUAGUGCUGCAGGUUCACCAGGAUUUAGUGCUGCAGGAUGAUUUGAAGUGUAAAGGCGCGAAUGAAAGUGAAGAUUAUCAUUCAAUUAUGCCCAGAAUUUCUGCUGAUGCACUGAGGAAUAUAUGCAUAAACAAACAAGAUACAGAGGCAAUGAGAAUAGAUGAAAGGAAGUGUAGCAAAGUGGUAGCUAAGGCGCAUUCUAGAUCGCAACUUAGGAAGCUGUUGUUUCUUUGCCAGAAUAGAUUUUAGGUUAAUGUUUGUGUUUGGUUUUAGUAUAUUGUAGUACUUAAUUCAUGCUAUGA